AUGGCCAGAGGGUCGCUGAGGAAAAAAUCUUUGAAGCGAUCAUCGUACCUCGCUAAACCCAGUCACAAUUCGAUGGCGCGUUCUAUGCCGUCGUUUCCUCUGAGAAAGUUCUCUUUGGUCAUUGUAGCUAUUUCUAUUUUGUGCGUUUUUGUUGUACUAAGCAUUUCGUCUAACAUCCGGAGAGUGUUUGGAACAAAACCUACCUCGGAUCAAAUUUACGCUGUCGAAGUGGUCAAUGAGUUCCCCCACGAUCCUAAUGCCUUUACUCAGGGGCUAUUGUAUGCAGAAAACGAUACACUCUUUGAAUCAACCGGUCUUAAUGGGCGUUCAUCCAUUCGGAAAGUCGCUCUUCGGACAGGGAAGGUUGAGGCUAUUCACAAAAUGCAGAAUUCUUACUUUGGAGAGGGUUUGACUCUUAUCGGUGAAAGGUUGUUUCAAGUUACUUGGUUGGAGAAAACUGGUUUCAUAUAUGACCGAAAUAACUUAAGCAAAUUUAAGAAGUUCACUCACCAAAUGCAAGAUGGAUGGGGUUUGGCUACUGAUGAGAAAGUUAUAUUCGGAAGUGAUGGAACUUCAACCUUGUAUCAGAUUAACCCUCAAACAUUGAAAGUCAUUGAAGCACACACUGUCAAGUAUAAAGGAGACGAGGUUCACAACCUCAAUGAACUGGAGUAUGUGAACGGCGAAGUAUGGGCAAAUGUUUGGCAGACUGACUGCAUUGCUAGAAUAUCAAGUAAAGAUGGUGUGGUGAUUGGAUGGAUUCUCCUUCCUGAUUUGAGGAAAGGGUUGAUUGCAGCAGGUGAAAUGAGUAUCGAUGUCUUGAACGGCAUAGCAUGGGAUGAAAAAGGAAACCGUAUUUUCGUGACGGGAAAGCUUUGGCCUAAGCUAUAUGAGAUCAAGCUUCAUAAAAUGAAGACACCAUUUAAGGGAGAUAUUAAACGUCUUUGCAUGCCAAUGCCAGUCCAUUUCGGAAAAACAUAG